CUCCGCAGCCUUGGCUGCGCCCGGCUAAUGCCCGCACCAGCAGGGGGCUUAAUUGUCACUCCCGCGGCUGGUGCGAGAGGUCCCUCGCGGUGGCUUCGGGGAACUCGCGGGCGUCAGGAACGGAGCGCUCUCCCCCUACUUCCAGACACAAAUGGACCGGGCCGCACUGCAGCGUACUGGUUGCUGUUUGCUAGAUGCGCGCGCCGAGCACACGUCGCUAGGGCCUGGCUUCCGCGCUGAGCACGCCUUGCUCUGCACCCGGGGGGCGGCCUGGACUGCUGCGGGUCCUGGGUCCCCGGGAUUCCAGACUGCAAGGUAACAGGAAUCUCUGAUGCACGCCUCCGCACAAACCGUGUGGAAGAGAGGCGCAGGGAGGCGUCGCCGAGGGUUGUAUCUGACACCCAUGAGCCAAGAUGCGCAGCUUUGCAGGUGUGACCUAUACGUGUGACUUCAGCCUUUGAAGCCUCGGUUUUAUGAUCCGUAAAAUGGACAAAAUCAAAUUUACUUCGCAGCACUGUUAAAAGGAUUAAAUGAGACAAUGCUUAUAAAGCUCUUUGCACGAGGGGUGCCCCCUGACCCUCUUUCACAGGCAGCCUUGGAAGCAGGGCCUGGCAGGCAGAGCACACCUGCUGUCACCUGGAACCACAGGCAACAUGAAGACGCCCAUGGAGCUGGCCAUCAACGGGAUGCAGACCCUUCACCUUCAACACCGCUGCCGGGGUGGCUGCCGAGUCAAGGCCAGGGCAUCGUACGUGGAUGAGACUCUGUUUGGCAGCCCUGCGGGAACUCGGGCUGCCCCACCAGAUUUUGACCCACCUUGGGUAGAGAAAGCUAAUAGAACCAGAGGAGCAGGCACAGGGACAUCGAAAGCCUUGGGGGCCAAGGAGAAUGGUGAGACCUCUGUCUCCAGGGGCAGCACCCCAACCCUCACACCAAGGAAGAAGAACAAAUACAGACUGAUCAGCCACACUCCAUCUUACUGUGAUGAGUCAUUGUUUGGCUUCCGAUCUGAGGGUGCCAGCCGGAAGGCCCCGUGGAUGACCAAGGGGGAUGCUGCGAAACUCCAUGCCCUCUUCUGGACGCCACCUGCGACCCCCAGGGGUAACCAUUCACCCCGCUCCAGGGAGACCUCACUGCAAGCUGUUCACCCUGCUGGUCCCUCGAAGGCAGAACCCAGGGUAUUGGUGGAUUCCAGGAAGUUGUCUGUGGAUGGUUUAGACUCUGCACAUCCUCUGAGGCAGGGACGUUCCCCUUCUCUCACCCACCUGAAUGUCCCCAGCACUGGUCACCCAGCCACCACUGCCCCCCAUACAAAUGGACCUCAGGAUCCCAGGCCUUCCAUGUCAGGAGUGACCUUACAGAGCCCUCUGCUAACUCCUAGGGCUCGCUCAGUCAGUGUUUCAGUGUCAUCUACCCACCGGCAGGGUGCGGCUACCCAGAAACCAAAGCCACCUUGGAAAUGAGGUUCUUUCAUCAGGGUUGCCCAUUGGGUCACACUGAGGGUGUAGCCCCUGGCUGGUGUCUUCUGGGGAGACCAGUUAUCACCUGGGUAACCCCCAGGCAAUGAAGAAGCUCCCAUUAGGGCAGACAGCAGAGGUGGGCAGUGCUUCCUUCUAUCCUGACAAUCUCUGGUUGCUCCCUGCCUUUCCCCCCAGGAUGUGGUUUGGGGACCUCCCUCUCUCCAGCUCUCAGUGCCAACCUAUGGGCCCUCCACCUCCACCUCAUAUUGUCUUGCUACCAAGUAUGGGAAAUGGUGAGAUUGCCAACCUGGAGGGGCCCUUCCCUCUCUUCAAGACAAGCUUUGAGCUCAGGAUUAGUCUCCAGCUGAGUCUGGAGGCCUCAGAGAAGUUUUCCCAGGCUAUGUGUGGCCCCUGGGGGGAAUACAAGAGCAUCUGGGUGAAGUAUGGGUGAACAUUUUUUCAUUUUAAUUGUCAUGUAUUUAUUUUCAUGUAUUAAAUAUAUCAGUAGCUCAUCAAAGCCACAAGUGUUCCUAAUUCCU